AAACAAUAUCGUUUUGUUUUUCAUUCAUUGAGAAAUACAAAAACCUUUAUUAUAAUAACAAUAGUAGUAAUAAUAACGGUAACAACAAUAAUACAGAAAACUAUCAUGGAAUUUAAUAUCACAGCAACGUGCAGCAAGCAGUUGCUGUCUAUCAAUAAUCUGUAAACUAUUUGAUUGUUCACACGAGUAAUGCCCAGAUUGUCAGUAUUUGUACAAUUUAAAUCCUGAUUGAAGUCAAACGUGAAAAUUUUCUUCUAAAAAUUCACUACAAUUCCAUAUGAUUUGUCGUAAUCCACGCGUUAAAAAAUUACUGCACGAUGAAAUCGAGUCUGUUCUACGCACAUGUCUGUUAAUAUUUUGUUUGAUAUCUGUGUUUUCACUUCAUAAAUAUUUCUGUACAAAAAAGAUCAAAUUUGCAUCAAGUGAUCAUAGUAACAAUGAUGUUAAUUCUUAUAUAAAUUACACAUAUUUAUUGACUGAAGAGGAAUUAAACUUCCCAUUAGCAUUCAGUGUAAUUACUUAUCGUGAUUUUGAUAGAGCAUUUCGUUUGAUUAAAGCAAUUUAUCGACCUAACAAUGUAUACUGUAUACAUAUUGAUAAAAAUACAAACAGCAUUGAAUACACUGAAUUUGUUCAAUAUGUUCAACAAUUAGGUGAAAAUAUUUAUUUUAUCCCAGAAGAUCAACGUGUUCAUGUUGUCUGGGGUAGAUAUUCUGUGUUGGAGGCAGAUUUAAAUUGUGCUAAAUUACUACUAGCUAAAAGUAGAAAAUGGAGAUAUUUUAUCAAUUUAACUGGACAUGAAUUUCCACUAAGAACUAAUUGGGAGUUGGUUAAAGCGUUGAAAGCAUUGAACGGUUUGAAUGUGGCGCCAGCGCAUUGUUUACAAAGCAAACCAUGGCGUAUACCGCCAAAACGUCUCGUUCCUUUAGAUAUAGUUUGGUAUGAAGGUCCAGUUCAUGUCGCACUUAGAAGAGAGUUUGUUGAAUAUAUGCUUUACAAUGAAAAAGCAUUAAUUCUAUUAGACUCUCUUAAAAAACACGAGAAAGUAAUGCGCCAGUGUACUAUACCCGAUGAACAGUAUUUUGCCAUUCUCAAUAAUAAUCCACAAACAUUCCAAAUACCUGGUGUGUAUCAAGGACCGUUUAAACAAGCAGAAAAAUACUUUGUUUUAACACGUGUUAAACUAUGGUGGUUUUAUAUUUCCAAGUGUCAUACAAAUAUUUAUCGUAAUGCCAUAUGUAUGCUUGGUAAUGGGGAUUUACCCUUGUUGAAGAAACAUCCGCAUUUUUUUGCGAAUAAAUUUCUACCCGAUGUUGAACCAGAAGCAUACGAUGAAUUAGAACGUUGGUUAGCUGAUAAAGUGUUAUAUGAACAUAACAACAACCGAACACAUCCAUCAUUUUUAUAUCAGUAUUAUGUAAACUAUACGUUGGCUCAAACGCACAACUUGACAUUCAGCGGAGAAUUCUGA